AUGUUUACGAAAACGCUGUUGAGAACGGCAAACCCAGCCUUUAAAGCACGUCUGGGGUUGAGGUGCUAUGCCCAACUACCUUUGCGGGUCCCUGUCCAGAUCCCAAACGGAAUAGAGUAUGAACAACCCACCGGGCUGUUUAUCAAUAACAAAUUUGUGAGAGCCAAACAGGGCAAGACGUUCGAAGUGAUUAGCCCCGCAACUGAGGAGACGAUCACGCACGUGUACGAGGCACGUGAGGACGAUGUUGAAGACGCGAUUACCGCGGCAGAUGAAGCUUUCAAAAGUGGUGUGUGGUCUCAGGCAGACCCACUCGUACGUGCCAACGCUUUGAACAAGCUUGCAGGUUACAUCGAAGAACACAAGGAUAUAGUGGCGUCGAUCGAGACGCUCGACAACGGGAAGGCUAUCAAUAGCGCCAGAGGCGAUGUGCAGCUUGUUAUCAACUACCUAAGGUCGUGUGCCGGAUGGUGUGACAAAGUGGACGGCCGGGUGAUCAACACCGGCAACACCCAUUUCUCCUACACUGUCAAGCAACCAUUGGGCGUGUGCGGACAAAUUAUUCCUUGGAACUUCCCGCUAUUGAUGUGGGCUUGGAAAAUUGGACCCGCCUUGGCAACUGGUAACACAGUUGUUCUAAAGACCGCUGAAUCGACUCCUCUUUCUGCUCUGUACGUUUCUCAAUUUGUGCCCAAAUCCGGGAUUCCUCCUGGGGUUGUGAACAUUGUGUCUGGAUUUGGUAAGAUUGUUGGUGAAGCUUUGACUAACCAUCCCAAGAUCAAAAAGGUUGCUUUCACAGGUUCCACUGCUACCGGCCGUCACAUUUAUCAGAAUGCCGGCCAAAACUUGAAGAAAGUUACUUUGGAACUUGGUGGUAAGUCUCCAAAUAUUGUUUUUGCAGACGCCGACAUCAAACAAGCUGUUCAAAACGUUAUUUUGGGUAUUUACUACAACAGUGGUGAAGUUUGCUGUGCGGGUUCUAGAGUUUAUGUGGAAGAAUCGGCUCACGAGGAGUUCUUGCAUGAAAUCAAGGCUGCUGCUGAAGCUCUCAAGGUUGGCGAUCCAUUUGACGAGUCGACUUUCCAAGGUGCCCAGACUUCUCAGAUGCAGUUAAGCAAGAUCUUGAAGUAUGUGGAAAUUGGUAAAGAAGAAGGCGCUACGUUGGUCACUGGUGGUGAAAGAGUGGGCACCAAGGGUUACUUCAUUUCACCCACUGUAUUUGGUGACGUCAAGGAAGACAUGCGUAUUGUGAAGGAGGAGAUUUUCGGUCCUGUCGUCACAGUCAGCAAAUUCAAGUCCGUGGAUGAAUUGAUCGAAUUGGCCAACGAUUCUGAAUACGGUUUGGCUGCAGGUAUUCACACCACAAACAUCAACAAAGCAAUUGAGGUUGCCAACAGAGUCAACGCCGGUACUGUGUGGGUCAAUACUUUCAACGAUUUCCACCACAGUGUUCCAUUUGGCGGUUUCAACGCUUCUGGUAUCGGUAGAGAAAUGGGUAGCGAGGCUUUGGAAAACUACACUCAAACCAAGGCUGUGCGUGUGAAGCUUGCUUUGGAGGGUGGAGCAUAA